UAAAUCUCAAAACAGGCUUUUAAAGUCACAACUCUAAUUACAUGUCUCUAAUUUGUCUGCUUGUGUCUCCCCCCAACGUGUCCAUGUGGUCGUCUUCCUCAUUAGUACUAUAUCUUCUUAACCUCAAUUUAUUAAUCUUAAUUACAUUAAUCAACUUACUCUGUUUCUCCUUUUCCAGACCUCAUCUCUCUCUCUCUCUCUCUCCCCCUUGUUAUUUAUUAUCUCCAUCAUGUAUAACUCUCACAAAGUCUACCACUAGCUAGCUAGAACUCUCUUCUCUUAAUACUUCCAGACAAGAAUCAAUCAGCCACACGUCUAUACCACGAUUUGCUACUUCCACCAAAGUUUUAUAAGCAAAGAGAUCAAUCAGUACUCUUUGCUCGUAUCUAUCAGAUCUUCUUCAUCACAAGAGAAGAUAUGGUUUCAGAGACGGUUUCAAAGACGGAAUCACCACCGUUGAUUGGACCUCGUAUAUCCUUCUCAGCUGAUUUAUCCGACGGUGGAGAUUUCAUCUGCAUCAGCCCCGUGAUGUGUAAGGAACUAGAGAAAGAUGUCGCUAAAGGGUCAGUGAAAGUCUCCGACUUUGAGUUCUUGUCGGAAAAUGUGAGUCCACAAAAGAUGCAUACCGCCGAUGAACUCUUCUCCGAAGGUAAGUUGCUUCCUUUUUGGCAAGUAAAGCACUCAGAGAAGCUUAAAAACAUUACCUUGAAGACAAACGAAGAUGAAGAGAAACGUAAAGCGGAAGUGAUGAAGAAAGAUCAGGAGAUGAAUAGUAACAACAGAGUGAGUUGGUAUAUAGACGAAGAUCCAUCUCCUCGUCCUCCCAAGUGUACGGUUCUUUGGAAAGAGCUUUUGAGGUUGAAGAAACAGAGGAAUCCGUCUGCUUCGCCGGUUACGGUGAGGACGGUAUCGUCUUUGUCUCCUUCGUCUUCUACAUCAUCAUCGAGCUCGCUUGAGGAUGCGGCGAAGAGAGUGGAGAGAGAGAAAGAAGGGAAGAGAGGUAAGAAAGGGUUGGAAAGAACGAGAUCGGCGAGUAUGAGGAUUAGGCCGAUGAUUCAUGUCCCUAUUUGCACUCCUUCCAAAUCAUCUCUUCCAUUACCUCCUCUGUUCCCACUUUCGCUUAAGAAAAACAGAGUAGAGAGACGCACUUAGAAAAUAUCGAAUCUUUGAGUGUUAUUGGUUGACAGUAUUAUUGGUUGAUUUGUUCGGAUUCUUGAGUGUUUCUCAUUUGGUCAGUAACUCUAAUGCAUGUAUUUUUGUGUUCUAUUAAGCUUUAUGGUUUGAGAUCUAAUGUGUUAAGUGUCAAGAAAUUCAAGUAAGAACAGUUCAUCUUCAUU